CCAUCUGUCUCUGCAUCCAUCCACCUCUCCGCAGAGGUGAGGCUUGACCCCAGAGCAUCUGUACAGAGUGAGGAGAGGGCUAGAAUGCUCUAAAGGCCUUUGCAACAAGGCCCAGGAAGCUUUGAGCUGAGCCCAAACUCUGAAGCCACCCUGCCCCUCUGCCCGCCAUGGCCUCCGCUGACAAGAAUGGCGAGAGCACCUCUUCUGUGUCCAGCAGCCGCCUGCAGAGUCGGAAGCCACCCAACUUGUCCAUCACCAUCCCGCCACCUGAGACCCCGGCCCCCAGCGAGCAGGCCAGCCUGCUGCCCCAGAGGCCCAGGAAUCCAGCCUACUUGAAGAGCGUUAGCCUCCAGGAGCCACGGGGACGAUGGCAGGACGGCAGCUCAGAGAAGCGCCCCGGCUUCCGCCGCCAGGCCUCCCUGUCCCAGAGCAUCCGCAAGGGCACGGCCCAGUGGUUUGGGGUCAGCGGCGACUGGGAGGUGAAGCGGCAGCACUGGCAGCGCAGGAGCCUGCACCACUGCAGCGUGCGCUACGGCCGACUCAAGGCCUCGUGCCAGCGGGACCUGGAGCUCCCCAGCCAGGAGGGGCCUUCCUUCCAGGGCACCGAGUCUCCAAAACCCUGCAAGAUGCCCAAGAUUGUGGAUCCGCUGGCACGAGGACGGGCGUUCCGCCACCCUGAUGAGGUGGACCGGCCUCAUGCGGCGCACCCACCACUAACCCCUGGGGUCCUGUCCCUCACCUCCUUCACCAGUGUCCGCUCUGGCUAUUCCCACCUGCCCCGCCGCAAGAGAAUGUCUGUGGCCCACAUGAGCUUUCAAGCUGCUGCCGCCCUCCUGAAGGGGCACUCGGUGCUGGAUGCCACGGGACAGCGGUACCGGGUGGUCAAACGCAGCUUUGCCUACCCCAGCUCCCUGGAGGAGGACGUGGUCGAUGGGGCAGACACAUUUGACUCCUCGUUUUUUAGUAAGGAAGAAAUGAGCUCCAUGCCCGAUGAUGUGUUUGAGUCUCCCCCACUCUCUGCCAGCUACUUCCGGGGGAUCCCACGCUCAGCCUCCCCGGUCUCCCCUGAUGGGGUGCAGAUCCCUCUGAAGGAGUAUGGCCGAGCCCCGGUCCCUGUGGCCAGGCGCGGCAGGCGCAUCGCGUCCAAGGUGAAGCACUUUGCCUUCGACCGGAAGAAGCGGCACUACGGCCUGGGCGUGGUGGGCAACUGGCUGAACCGCAGCUACCGCCGCAGCAUCAGCAGCACCGUGCAGCGGCAGCUGGAGAGCUUCGACAGCCACCGGCCCUAUUUCACCUACUGGCUGACCUUUGUCCACAUCAUCAUCACGCUGCUGGUGAUUUGCACAUACGGCAUCGCGCCCGUGGGUUUUGCCCAGCAUGUUACCACCCAGCUGGUGCUCAGGAACAAAGGUGUGUAUGAGAGCGUGAAGUACAUCCAGCAGGAGAACUUCUGGAUCGGCCCCGGCUCGAUUGACUUGAUCCACCUGGGAGCCAAGUUCUCGCCCUGCAUCCGGAAGGACAGGCAGAUCGAACAGCUGGUGCUGCGAGAGCGAGACCUGGAGCGGGACUCGGGCUGCUGCGUCCAGAAUGACCAUUCAGGCUGCAUCCAGACCCAGCGGAAGGACUGCUCGGAGACUUUGGCUACUUUUGUCAAGUGGCAGGAUGAUACGGGGCCCCCCAUGGACAAGUCUGAUCUGGGCCAGAAGCGGAUAUCAGGGGCCGUAUGCCACCAGGACCCCAGAACCUGUGAGGAGCCAGCCUCCAGUGGUGCCCACAUCUGGCCUGAUGACAUCACCAAGUGGCCGAUCUGCACAGAGCAGUCCAGGAGUAACCGCACGGGCUUCUUGCACAUAGACUGCCAGAUCAAAGGCCGCCCCUGCUGCAUCGGCACCAAGGGCAGCUGUGAGAUCACAACUCGGGAAUACUGUGAGUUCAUGCACGGCUAUUUCCACGAAGAGGCGACGCUCUGCUCCCAGGUACACUGCUUGGACAAGGUAUGUGGGCUGCUGCCCUUCCUCAACCCCGAGGUCCCGGAUCAGUUCUAUAGGCUCUGGCUGUCUCUGUUCCUCCACGCUGGCCUGGUGCACUGCCUCGUGUCUGUGGUCUUCCAAAUGACCAUCCUGCGGGACCUGGAGAAGCUGGCCGGCUGGCACCGCAUUGCCAUCAUCUUCAUUCUCAGCGGCAUCACUGGCAAUCUUGCCAGCACCAUCUUCCUCCCGUAUCGGGCAGAGGUGGGCCCAGCUGGGUCGCAGUUCGGCCUCCUCGCCUGCCUCUUCGUGGAGCUCUUCCAGAGCUGGCAGCUGCUGGAGCGACCCUGGAAGGCCUUCCUGAACCUGUCGGCCAUCGUGCUCUUCCUCUUCGUCUGCGGCCUCCUGCCCUGGAUCGACAACAUCGCCCACAUCUUCGGCUUCCUCAGCGGGCUGCUGCUGGCCUUCGCCUUCCUGCCCUAUAUCACCUUUGGCACCAGCGACAAGUACCGCAAGCGAGCCCUCAUCUUAGUGUCGCUGCUGGUCUUCGCCGGCCUCUUCGCCUCGCUCGUUGUCUGGCUCUACGUGUACCCCAUCAACUGGCCCUGGAUCGAGUACCUCACCUGCUUCCCCUUCACCAGCCACUUCUGCGAGAAGUACGACCUGGACCAGGUGCUGCACUGACCACCGGCCCGGUGGGGCUGGACGCAGCUGCUGCCCACAGAGCACCACUGACACAGGGACUGUGGCUGGGACGGGCUGCUGUCCGCAGAGCGCCCCACCCCACACUCCAGAGACCCACCACCGGGGCCCAGGUGCUCCCGACUCCAUGGGAGAUGGUCAUAAAGGCGGGCUCCCUGGGGGCAUGAGGAGCCUUCCUCAGGUCUGUGUGUCCCUGGCCCAGGCUGGGGGACGCUCCAAGCACAUGCUUCUCUGCAGCUCACGGCCCAGGCCAACUUCCCGCUCCCCUGCUGUCGGGACCACCUCCUGGGGGUGGGCUUCUUCUCAGGAUCCUCAGGCUGCUGCUGGUGCCUUCUCCCCCACCAUUACUGAGCCCUUCCGGGGACCCCACCAGGUUCUCACCCCACCUCACCAUGGUCCCCCUUCUGUUUUUCCUCCUCUCUCUGCCCUACAAGCCCACACCCUGUGUUCAUCAGUGGCCUGGU